CGGUUCCCGUCAGAGCGAUCAGGUGCUCAGCGCGCGGCUCAACCCGGACGGCUCACCGGACGCAGGAGAACCGGAGAAGCUGCUCCGCUCGUCGGGUGUUCUCCGUUUUCCCACGGCUGGUCUUUAACGGGAAUACAGCUCCGGACCGACUGCGCGUUGGCUCACGUCCCCUUGGGGGGUCGAGGGAAAAAACAGGGAGAGGGGGGAGAAGAGAGAGAGAUAGCAAGAGAGAGAGAGAGAGAGAGAGAGAGAGAGAGAGGAGCUGGACUUGCUGGGGCUCUGCGGGGUUGAACGCCUCUCUCUGGUUCGGGGAGCCUCGGGGGUGAUGCUGCUGGGCGGGCAGGGUGCACGGUUUCUACCCGGUGGCGGAGGAGAAGACGAUGCGAGCCGCGGCUCCGACGCACCAGCACCGCGGCCGUCGUGUUUUCAGACCAAGAAUUGAUGAUGGUGAUGAUACCGCCUCCCCCAGUGGUCUUUUACUGCUCCUCCGGAUCCUACUCGUCCGGGAUUCUUCUUCUCCGAGCCUUGGAUUAUAGAUGAUUGUUGUGGACAUUCAUUUUUCUCUUCAUUUCAUUCACUCUGAUUUUCUUUCUCUCUCCCCGGAGGGACGAGGGGGGGUGGGAAUUUAUAAAUCGGUAGAUUGAGCACCGGUGGAUUUUUUCGACUCCAAGUGCGCGCAAUCACGCCCAAAAUCAGUGAGCGACGCCUUGGUGAGGAGGAGGGGAGGAAGAGGAGGAGGAGGAGGAGGAGGAAGGGGAUGCCGCACCGUCCAUCACCGAAUAUCAACAAAUGUCACCGGGCUCGGAUUUUGGGGAAGCCCCCCUCGGCUGGCGUUUGCGUGUAACCCGAGUGGCGCGGUGGCCGUGAGAGGUGGCACCCGCCGCGCCGCGCCGCGCCAAACAUUGCGGAUAUAUGGCACAGGAAGAAAAAAUGAAUUAUUGAAGAAUUCACUCGUAUCUAUUUCUAUUUUUAUCUCGCAGGGACCUGGGGGAAGGAGGGGAAACAAGGCAACUGCAGAUCCUGUCAAGAUGCACUAGGCUGUAGAGAGGCAGAGGAGGAAAAAGACGCAGUCUCCAGCUGAAGCUACUUAGUGGAGAUGAUUGCAAUAUUUGUUUAAAACGCACAGCCAUGCAUCCUUUACGCAUGAAGCCCAGGUGAUCGAUGUGUUCGCAGAUUGAGAUGCACGAAGCGGUUUCACUCCUCGAGAGGCUUUUACCCAGCGAGAAAACAGAAAGAGGAAAAAACAGGAUGCUUCAUUUUCCACUGAGAGAAAAACGCUGAUGCAGAUUUUUUUGGGGCCGUUUUCUCAUUCAACAAUAAAACCAGAGGUGUUAUUUUCUUCUCCUCUAUCAUUGCAUUGAUUUGACAGAAAUUAAAUAAACACAUCCCCCCCCCCCCAUUCAUAUUCCAAACGCACGACCAGAGACACCGUGCGCUUUCCCUCUCCUUUCCUCUCCCUCCCCUCUGCUCUCCUCCUCCUCUUCCCUCCCUCCCUCCCUCCCUCCCUCCAUCCCUACAUCCCUCUCCACACUCAAAUGGAGGUAUCUUCUCGGCGCUGAAGAUCCGGGAAGGAGACAGAGAUAGUCAGGAGGAGGACAGAGACAGAGAGAGAGAGAGAACCGUGCCAAACUCCAUUCUGCAUGUGCGUCCGGAGCCGAGGCUGAUGGGGUGGUGGCAUGUGGAGGUGUCACUCUGAGGUUCCCCCCCGGCUCCUUCCUAACCUCUGGCGUUUGGUGUCUGCAGAAUGGCGCGUUUUGGAGACGAGGUGCCCAACAGGUAUGGAGGUGGAGGAGGAGGAGGUGGUGGUGGCGGCGGUGGCGGGGGUGCCGGCGGACAAGGGGGGCCCGGCCGCGGUGGCAGCAGGCAAGGGGGGCCCCCCGGAGCGCCACGGAUGUACAAGCAGUCGAUGGCCCAGAGAGCCCGGACCAUGGCCCUGUACAACCCCAUACCCGUCCGGCAGAGCUGCCUCACGGUCAACCGCUCCCUCUUCCUCUUCAGCGAAGACAACCUGAUCAGGAAAUACGCCAAAAAGAUCACCGAAUGGCCUCCAUUUGAAUGGAUGAUCCUCACCACCAUCAUUGCAAACUGCAUCGUCCUGGCUCUGGAGCAGCAUCUACCUGAUGGAGACAAGACGCCUCUGUCCGAACGACUGGAGGAGACGGAGCCCUACUUCAUAGCCAUCUUCUGCUUCGAGUCGGGGAUAAAGAUCCUGGCUCUGGGCUUUGCGUUACACAAGGGCUCCUACCUGAGGAACGGCUGGAACGUCAUGGACUUCGUGGUCGUCCUCACCGGUAUUUUGUCCUCGGUGGGGUCUCAGCUCGACCUGAGGACGCUACGAGCCGUCAGAGUGCUGCGACCACUGAAACUGGUGUCUGGGAUUCCCAGCCUGCAGGUGGUGCUCAAGUCCAUUAUGAAGGCCAUGAUCCCCCUGCUGCAGAUCGGCCUGCUGCUGUUCGUGGCCAUCCUCAUGUUCGCCAUCAUCGGCCUGGAGUUCUACAUGGGGAAGUUCCACAAAACCUGCUACGAUGACUUCACAGGCGAGGUGGUGGAUGAACUGCCGUGUGGAACAGUGUUGCCGUCCCGGUUGUGUCCGAACGGCACGGAGUGUAAAGCCGGCUGGAUCGGACCCAACUACGGCAUCACCCAGUUCGACAACAUCCUGUUCGCCGUGCUCACCGUCUUCCAGUGCAUCACCAUGGAGGGAUGGACAGACAUGCUGUACUACAGUAAUGAUGUGGAGGGCAGCGCCUGGAACUGGAUGUACUACAUCCCCCUCAUCAUCAUCGGCUCCUUCUUCAUGCUCAACCUGGUGCUGGGUGUGCUCUCAGGUGAAUUUGCCAAAGAGAGAGAGCGGGUGGAGAACAGGAGCGAGUUCCUCAAGCUGAGGCGGCAGCAGCAGAUCGAGAGAGAGCUCAACGGAUACCUGGAGUGGAUCUGCAAAGCAGAGGAGGUGAUUCUGGCCGAGGACGACACCACAGUGAACUUUGAUGGAACGAGGCGCCGGCCGACCAUCAAAACCAAAAACAACAAGACGGAGCUGCUGAACCCGGAGGAGGGGGAGGACAACAUGGGAGACGCAGUGGGUUUCGCCCGCUCCAGUAUCAAGAGCAGUAAGGACGGGUCCAACUACAACAAGAAGGAGCGACGGCUGCGAUUCUUCAUCCGCAAGAUAGUGAAGACGCAGGCGUUCUAUUGGACCGUGCUCUGCCUGGUGGGCCUCAACACCAUGUGUGUGGCUGCGGUGCACUACAACCAGCCUGAGAUGCUGUCCGACUUCCUGUUCUAUGCAGAGUUUAUCUUCCUCGGUCUGUUCAUGUCCGAGAUGCUGAUCAAGAUGUAUGGUCUGGGCAUCCAGCCCUACCUCCACUCCUCAUUCAACUGCUUCGAUUGUGUGGUAAUUGUGGGCAGCAUCUUUGAGGUGGUGUGGGCCAUGAUCAAACCGGGCACGUCCUUCGGGAUCAGCGUGCUACGAGCUCUGCGACUGCUCCGCAUCUUUAAAGUCACCAAGUACUGGGCUCCUCUUCGAAACCUGGUGGUGUCACUGCUGAACUCCAUGAAGUCCAUCGUCAGUUUGCUCUUCCUCCUCUUCCUCUUCAUCGUGGUCUUUGCCCUUUUGGGGAUGCAGCUGUUUGGAGGACAAUUCAACUUUGAAGCAGGAACUCCUCCGACCAACUUCGACACUUUUGCUGCUGCGAUCAUGACGGUGUUUCAGAUCCUGACAGGAGAGGACUGGAACAUGGUGAUGUACGAUGGCAUCGAGUCCCAGGGAGGAGUGAACGACAAAGGGAUGGUGUUCUCCAUCUUCUUCAUCGUCCUCACGCUCUUUGGCAACUACACGCUGCUCAAUGUGUUCUUGGCCAUCGCUGUUGACAAUCUGGCCAACGCACAGGAGCUCACAAAGGAUGAGGAAGAACAAGAGGAGGCAGCCAAUCAGAAGACAGCAAUGCAGAAGGCCAAAGAGGUAGCGGAGGUCAGCCCACUGUCAGCCGCCAACCUGUCUAUUGCUGCCAAGGAGCAGCAGAAGAACUGCAUCAAGGGGAACAAGUCUGUGUGGGAGCAGAGAACAAGUGAGAUCCGCCGGCAGAAUCUGAUGACGAGUCGCGAGGCGCUCUACAACGAGCUGGAGCAGGAGGAGUGGAAGGUGGGAGGCGAGGGAGAGGAGGUGUCCUACCCACGCAAACCCCGUGGUGACAUGAAGACCCACUUAGACCGGCCGCUGGUGGUCAACCCACAGGACAACCGCAACAACAACACCAACAAGACCCAGCCUGGUGAGCUGCCUCUGGAGCAGGAGUACCGGCACCAGGACAUCGACCACCAACGCCGAGCCGCACACAACCACCACCACCACCGCCAUCGCCAUCAGAAAGCUAUUGGGCCAGAGAGUGGGGACGCCGGGCAGCCCACAGAGACCCGCAUGGAGCACGGGUUCAGCUGCACGUCUCUGGGGAACGUGGAGGGCGGUGUGCCGGGCCAGCCGGGGGAGGAGAGGCACGGCCACAGGAGCCACCGGGGCCACCGGCACAGGAACAGGGAAGGCCGGGAAGCUCGCAGCGCAUCUCCCCACCGCAGCGAGACGGGAGAGGGGCACCAUGAGCACAAGAGGUCCAGGCAACACCGCCGGGCAGCCAGGGAGGGCGAGGAGGGCCGGAGACACAGAUCCAGGGGGACGGAGGUGGAGGGGGAGAAAGUUGAGGACGGUGAGGGACGUAAGACAAGACGGCACCGCCACGGCAACCAGGAGAGGAGCCGAGGGCAUCGCACCAGAAAGGAGCACCACAGCUCCGGCCCCAGUCUCUCCACCACUCGACCCAUCCAGCAGUACAACGAGGACCUGGACAACUUCCGCAACAACAGCAAGCUGGCGAGCGCCCACGAGCAUCCUUACGCCCUCCCGCCAGACCACCCCGACCACCCCGACCGCGUCAACAACCUGCUGAACUGCUGCGACGCCGACACCCACACCCUGCUCCACAGCAUGGACAGCCUGAUCCUGACCAGCAUGGCCAAACCGGAUUACACAUCCAUAGACAUGCCCCCGGUGUACCCCUACCCCUCCACCAAUGCCAUCCUGCAAGUGAACAAGAACGCCAACACCGACCAGAAGAAGAGCGAGGAGAAGAAGGAGGAGGAGGACGAGGAAGGAGACGGCGACGGCCCCAAACCCAUGCCUCCCUUCAGCUCCUGCUUCAUCAUGUCCAACACCAACCCGUUUCGGAAGUGCUGUCACUACAUCCUGACUCUGAAGUACUUUGAGUUCAGCAUCUUGUCCGUCAUCGCCAUGAGCAGCAUCGCCCUCGCUGCAGAGGACCCAGUGUCGCCCGACUCGGCACGAAACAACGUGCUGCGUUAUUUUGACUACGUUUUCACAGGAGUCUUCACGUUCGAAAUGUUGAUCAAGAUGGUGGUGCUCGGCCUGUUUCUCCACCAGGGCUCCUACUUCCGCGACUUGUGGAACAUUCUGGACUUUAUAGUGGUUAGUGGUGCUCUGGUGGCCUUCGCCUUCACGGGGAGCAGCAAGGGCAAAGACAUCAGUACAAUCAAGUCCCUUCGAGUGCUGAGGGUGCUGCGUCCUCUAAAGACCAUCAAGCGACUCCCCAAGUUAAAGGCCGUGUUCGACUGUGUGGUCAACUCCCUGAAGAACGUGCUGAACAUCUUGAUCGUCUACAUGCUCUUCAUGUUCAUCUUCGCUGUCGUGGCCGUUCAGCUGUUCAAGGGUCGAUUCUUCUACUGCACGGACGAGUCCAAAGAGUUUGAGCGUGACUGCAGGGGCGAGUACCUGGUGUAUGAAAGAGACGAGGUUAAAGCGCAGAAGCGGGAGUGGAAGAAGUACGAUUUUCACUACGACAAUGUGGCUUGGGCCCUGCUCACCCUCUUCACUGUCUCGACUGGAGAGGGGUGGCCACAGGUGUUAAAACACUCUGUGGACUCCACUUAUGAGAAUCAGGGUCCUAGCCCGGGUUACAGGAUGGAAAUGUCCAUCUUUUACGUGGUGUACUUCGUAGUCUUCCCCUUCUUCUUCGUCAACAUCUUCGUGGCUCUUAUCAUUAUCACCUUCCAGGAACAGGGGGACAAGAUGAUGGAGGACUACAGUUUAGAAAAGAACGAGAGAGCCUGCAUAGAUUUCGCCAUAAAUGCCAGGCCUCUCACCCGUCACAUGCCCAAGAACAAGCUGAGCUUCCAGUAUCGCAUGUGGCAGUUCGUGGUAUCUCCGCCCUUCGAGUACAGCAUCAUGGCUCUGAUCGCGCUCAACACCAUCGUGCUCAUGAUGAAGUUCGACGGUGCAUCACCUAACUUCGAUGACGUCCUGAAGUACCUCAACAUCGUGUUCACCACCUUCUUCUUCCUGGAGUCCAUCCUCAAAAUCAUCGCUUUUGGCCCUCUGAAUUACUUCAGAGACGCCUGGAACAUUUUUGAUUUUGUGUCCGUCCUUGGAAGCAUCACUGACAUAUUAGUGACAGAACUAGGGAAUAAUUUCAUCAACCUGAGCUUCCUGAGGCUGUUCAGGGCGGCUCGCCUCAUCAAGCUGCUGCGACAGGGAGAAACCAUUCGCAUCCUGCUGUGGACCUUUGUCCAGUCCUUCAAGGCUCUGCCGUAUGUGUGUCUGCUCAUCGCCAUGCUCUUCUUCAUCUACGCCAUCAUCGGCAUGCAGUUGUUUGGUAACCUGGCCCUGGAGCACGAGGAGGGAGAAAGUGCCAUCAAUGAGCACAAUAACUUCCAAACCUUCAUCAUGGCCCUCAUGCUGCUGUUCAGGAGCGCGACAGGCGAGGCGUGGCACGACAUCAUGUUGGCCUGUCUGGGGGGGAAAGAGUGCGACCCGGCCACAGGAAACACGGAGCCGGAGUGUGGCAGCGUCUUCGCCUACACCUACUUCGUCUCCUUCAUCUUCCUCUGCUCUUUCCUGAUGCUGAAUCUGUUUGUGGCUGUGAUCAUGGACAACUUCGAGUACCUGACCAGAGACUCGUCGAUCCUGGGGCCGCAUCACCUGGACGAGUACGUAAGGAUUUGGGCCGAGUACGACCCUGCCGCCUGCGGGCGCAUACAUUAUAAGGAUAUGUACAGUUUAUUGAGAGUUAUCUCCCCUCCCCUGGGCCUUGGCAAGAAAUGCCCACAUAGGGUGGCCUGCAAGAGGCUGCUGCGCAUGGAUCUGCCGGUCGCAGACGACAACACGGUGCAUUUUAACUCCACCCUCAUGGCUCUGAUCAGGACCGCCCUGGAUAUAAAGAUCGCCAAGGGGGGUGCAGACAAGCACCAGAUGGAUGCCGAGCUGAGAAAAGAGAUGAUGGCAAUUUGGCCGAACUUGUCGCAGAAGACUCUGGACCUGCUGGUGACGCCGCACAAGGCAGCCACAGACUUGACGGUGGGCAAAAUCUACGCCGCCAUGAUGAUCAUGGAGUACUACCGGCAGAGCAAGACGAAAAAGCUGCAGGCCCUGCGUGAGGAACAGAACCGAACGCCAUUAAUGUUUCAGCGCAUGGAGCCGCCCCCUGAGGGAGGGGGCACGGAGGGCCAGGGGGGGCAGGGCGUGAUCGGCCCCCCCAGCACCCAGCCCGACAACAUCAACAACAUACCUCCAGAGGGUGGCCUCCCAGAGAGCCAGUCGUGGGUGUCGGACAAAGCCCAGGAAUCGUUCCAGAAGCCGGACAACUGGAGCCCGGACAGGCCGUACCCCGACGAGCUCCACGAGAACCGGCACAACCCGCAGACGGUAGAGAUGAGGGAGAUGGGGCGCUAUCACCCAGUGGAUGGGCAUGGGCGGACCCUCUCCAUGCCCCGCCUCUCGGCAGACAACCAAAGAGUUCAUGCUGUCUCGCGGAGGAGACACAGGCCCCGUGGAAAUAACCUCAGUACCAUCACCGACACCAGCCCGAUGCGGCGCUCCACCUCCAGCCUGGUCCACGGGCGCACGGGCCGGGGGGUGAGGCUGGACGACUACACCCUGGAGAGGGUGGUGUCCGAGGAGGGGCGGCACGGAGGAGGAGGGCGCAGGCACAGGGACAGGAGUCACCGUGCGUCACAGCGCUCGCUGACCAGAUACACGGACGCAGACACGGGGCUCGGCACAGACCUCAGCACCACCACUCAGUCGGGUGAGCUGCCCCCCAAGGAGCGUGAACGGGACCGCGGCCGCACCAAGGACCGCCGUCACCACCAUCACCACCACCACCACCACAGCUCCAUGGACAAGGAGCGCUACGGCCACGAGCGUCACGACUACCCUCCCAGGCAUCCACACGACCACCACUGGUCCCGGUCGCCCAGCGAGGGGCCCGACGGGCGAGGUCCCAGACAGGGCAGUAGUUCGGUGAGCGGCAGCCCGGUCCCCUCCACCUCGGGGACCAGCACUCCACGGAGAGGACGUCGCCAGCUGCCCCAGACCCCCGCUGUCCCCCGUCCACAUGUCACCUACUCCCCCGCUGUCCGCAAGCCCAGCUACGGGCCCCCAGGGCCGGGCCGUCUGCGCUCACCCUCGCCCAGACACUUCUCCCCACCAGAUCACGACAGAGGCUACCACCACGGACCCCCGUCACGUCAAGGCUCUCCCCAUCACGGGGGUUCGUCAUCGCGACACGGCUCGCCACGCUCCCCAAGGAACCAGUCCCCUCGCUCGCCCCUCCACGGCUCGCCUAGGUCCCCCCGAGGCCGCUGGAGUGGGCCUCCGCCUGGGGACAGCCUGGAGGGAGACGGGCCCUUCUAUGAGCAUGAUUAUGAGUAUGAGCGGCACCAUGAGCCCCCUGCCUAUGAGCAAAGCCUCUCCCAUGGCAACCCACAUCCACACGGGGGAAAUCCUCACCCACACCCACGCUCACCAAGGACUGCCCGCCAUGGGCCCCCUCCGCCCCCUCACCCGCACCCACGGAGGGUCCCCAAUGGCUACCGUUCAUCCUCACCUUCCCCGCAUCGACGGGGACCACCCGGGGCACCCCCCCAUCCGCACCACCGCGCCCCCCAUGCCAGAGGGCCCCGCAAGGGCCUGCAUGAACCUUACAGUGAGACGGACGAAGAUGACUGGUGCUAGCGACGACAGGGAGCGAGGGAUACGGGCAGGAGACGAGAAGAGUAGCAGCAGCCUCCGGUGCUCUGGCCUUGGAUAUGUAGACUUUAUUAAAGCAGUGGUGGUGCAAACGUUGAGGGGGGUUGGACGCCCCCCCCCAAACCCUCUACCCCCACCCCUUGGACUCUGAAUGAGAAGGGGGCGGAGGGGAGGGGGGUGAUGGUGCUGCUGUAGCCUUUUACACAUUUUGUGUAAGACUCAAAUCAGCGACAGAGCAGCACACGCAUAUAACCAGAAAGACACAGCCAAGAUAACUAGGGCAAGGCCCAGGCCCAGUUUACCUCUGCCUCUCUGUCUCAGAACUACACUUCCCAGAAUUCUCUGCUUGACCAGCAAGGCCAGGCUGCAGGAGAAAGAGAAGGCGCGGGAACAGAAAACAAGGGAGGAGCAUGUCGCUGUAAAACCGGCCGUUGAUCUUUGCUGUUUACGAGGCCUAAAAGCACUUCUCCCAGACUGACGCGUGAUUGGUUAGUUUCAUCAGACGUGUGCUGUCUGUCGCCGGCCAGUUUGCUGAUGUAAAAGCCUGAAAACGAGUUGGAACGCAGCUCCACUGAUACGUUUAAAGAAAAAUACACAAAAAGCCAGGACCCCCCCCCAACCCUUACAUGCCAAGCUAUGCCUCCAGAAAAUCAAACUUGAACAAUGAAGAACAAAAUGAAUCUUUACAUGACAAACAAUGAAAAGAAAAAAGGGAGAACAACCACUUUAUCUUUAACCUUUUUCCUUUCCAAGGGACAGAACCAGGAAGCUCCGCCUAUACUGCAAAAACCAGCCAAUCACAGCGCUGGCUGAUAUUUGAUGAGUUUUAUCAUCUCUGUUUACUGUUAAAGACUCACCUAAUGCUGGUGUGGCAUCACUUCCUGUCCAGGGGCGGUGGUAGUGGAGGGGGGCGGGACACGGCGUGGGCUCACUUCCUGUUUGAGUCCGCUACCGGGGGGGCCAACUCAGUUAACUAGAGAAGGGAGUCGGACACUCAGUAAAGCCCCCUCCUCCUCCUCCUCCUCCUCCUCUUCCUCCUCGGUUACUCAUCUCAGCGCACGGCGAAAACGGUGACCCGACAGGAAAUGACAUCACACGGUUGACUGGGGCGGAGGAGAGGAAAGGAGGGAUGGGGAAAAAGACUAAUUUCUUCUGUAUUUCUUCUAUCGAUUACUUCUCCUUCUUGUUCUUCUUCGGACAUUGGAGCUUGGUUCUUCUGUUGCAUUCGCUCAGCCUCCUUUGGUCUUUUUCCGAGUCCAAAAUUUGAUGGAAACCUGCAUGAUUGAUUAAAUACAUACUAGAGAGGAAGUCUAACUGGUGUGGAUGGGACCUGGAGGCUUUAUAGGAAACUUUGCUUCUUUAGGUUUACAAAAGAAGUUCUCUUCUUUCAAUCUCUCUCUCUCUCUCUCUUAUCUUAGGCAGAGUUUUCGGUUCCGUUUUGCCGGAAACAAGCUUUGACAGUGGGCUAAUUUCUUUGUCUGUUGAUACGGUUCAACGGCCACGUUUCUGCAACCUUUUAAACGACAGGAAACGCUUCAGGAUCACGUUAAAGUUUCCUGUUGCUCCUGAGAAACCAGAGGGAGAAAGAGUGGAGAGAGGCGGACUUCUACCACACUUGAUUUAUUAUUGUUAAUGAUGAUUAUGAAUAAUGAUAUCAAUGUCAAUGCAAAAUGACGAUGACAAUGAUGAUGAUGAUUGACUGAUUGAUAGAACUGUAGAUUUGUUGUCAUGUUACUUGGAGUUCAAGUUGGCUAUGCUACGUCCAUCUUGUUUACAUCCUUUAUGUUUUUAUUCCCCUGUUUAAUAACGUUUACCGGGUUCCUGAUGCCUUCACGGAACAUUUCGGGGCAGUGACGGCUUGGGGAGCAUUUCACUUUGCAGCGUUGCGUGUUGUAACGCAACUCUCUCUGCAGAACGGUGGAGGGGGAGACCCGGGGAGUUUCUUUGUACCUGACCUACAAUGAUUGGUGGGGUCAGUACUCUUGUCAAGGCACCCAAAGAUCAAGAAUCCAUGUUCAGAGCCAGGGGUAUUUCCAUUUGUUGACCGAGAAGAAACCUCUGCUCUUUCCUCUGCAGAGGGUUGAGUGUAGUUUUAGUGAGGUUAGAGUUUUACAGAGGUUGAAUUCUUCCGCUUGCUGCCAAAAAACUACAAAUCUCUUUGUUUUGUUCUGUAGUUUCAAACAAAAUCGGUUGCCAGCAGUGACAGCACAGUAUUGGUGGAACAGUGUUGGUGUGAGUAUUAGGUGGUGGUGUUUUUGUUUUUGCCACCAGGGUGCAGUUAACAGCACACAUUUUCCACCCUGCCUUCCCCCUCUACAGGACAGCCUCCAGGCCACAUCCUUGUUUCUAGACCUUCUCUUAUAUCUUAUCUAGGUGAGAUACACAGACACGAGUCUCGUCCUGGUCAGGAAACGUAGGAUGUAGCCCGGGAAAUGCCAUAUCUGUCUGUUUGUAGGUCCGUCCCUCUGUCUGCCUGACUGUGCCAAUGCUGACCCCCCCCCCCCCUCCAGCCCCUACUCUCAGGUCUGGAUAACCAGAGAACAGUCACCAAAUCACCAAUCCAAUCAUGUGAGGUUGUAGCAAAGCUGACACCUCCUCUGCCAAAACCCACUUCAGUAUUCAACAACCUCUCUUUCCUCAUUUGCCUUUUUCUUUUUCUGUCCAUUUACUCUCGUUCUUUUGGUUCUUGCCCGAGAGUGACACUGAGGACACUCAAGGCUUCACGGGACAGAAACACUCGGAACUGAUCGGUUUCAUCCUUGUUUUUAUGAGGGAGAACAAUUAUUUAUUGACUAUUCAAUAACUCUAAGACAAGAUGAUAAAAUAGAGAUGAUAUAGAUGAUAACCUACAGAUGAAUCUAGAUAUUAUACCGUAGAUGUAGUUAUAGAUAACAGACAGAGAAUAAAUAGAGUUUCAGAUAUUUAUUUAUUUUGCACACCGUUCAUGCUCAUGGCACGGUCUACGAUUUAGCGACUCUUUUAACCUUGCGCUGUUGUCUUCGCAGUCGGAGAAGCCAGUUAACGAACCCCAGUUCACAAGUUUUGACUCUAUGCAGACCUCAUAAUAAUCCUCAUAGUAUUAUUUUGGAGGAGAAACUGCGACGCUGUGGUACUGUAAUACGGAUUAAUGAAACUGGAGCGCGCGGAUCUGAGAAAAUGUGAAGAUGGACACCACUUUUGCACACGUCACUCGACAUCACACCCACUAUGACCCCCUUGUCUUUCAUGGGCCUCUGUUGCUGUCUUUUUCCCUCUCGUCUUCCGGCUGAUUCCUUCUCCCUCCCCCCAUCUCUCUCUCCUCUCCCGAAAUGUGUUGCCUCCACGUCAACUAGUCGAGCAAAGCUUAGUGAUAAUGGGGAUAGGGGAUCUGUUUUCGUUGAUUGUCUAUAUGUCAAGGUGUCGAGGGGCACAAACCUGAACCCCCUCUGCUCUUACCUUCCUUCUGGGGAGGUUACGGCAAUUGGGGAAGCUUCCCCAAAACCCCCCUACAGAGCCACAGUGCCUUCUGUAUCAGAGUCACAUUCGUCACCCCCCAAGCUCCUCACCCUAAGUCACUCCCGUCCGCCACCUCCUCACCCUCUGUAGUAGAUGAGAUCAACCACACUACGCCUUAAAAGUCGAGUCCCCGCGGCUCCCGUGCUAGCAUAGAAAUUGGGAGAGCGGUGAAUUGAGACUGGGCCAUGGUGAGGAAAAAGCCAAGAGUCUAAACUUGACAAAGGGAAAUCAGGACUUUGGACUUAGUCGCUGAAAAUUUGUUAAAAACAUUCAAAGACUUUUGCAAAGUUUGCCAGUUAAUCAAAAGAGCCUUGCGUUUUGUGACUUUCAAGACUCAACUGGUCAUUGUUACCCUCUUGGCUUCACCUCCCUGUCAGGCUAGGCACAAGGGCGCCAUUUUGUGUCCAUCCCAGAGAUGUCCUAGGUCCAGUUUCAGGCGGUGUAGUGAGAGGUUUACAGAGGUGCAAAGCGGUUCGCUUACUUCUCAGGUCCCUCUAGAGUUAGGUAGCUAUCUAGUUAGACCAUGUGGGGAAGAGUCGGCUACGAAACCAGCAGGCCUCGGAUUGAGUUAUUGUAUGGUUUUACCUGGCAUUGCGUCAGACAUGUUGACCCCACCCCCUCUCUCUCCUUUCACUAACCCACAUCAACAGCCUGCACCAACACUCCACUCCAAGCGUGUUGAUGGACAGGCCAGGAAAAAAAAAACACCUCCAUUUUUGGCACCACGACACCACUCGCUUGUCCAGAAUUGUAACAGCGGAUCCAAAAUGGCCGACACACAACACUGCCCUUGUGUGAAAGCAUGUUGUGUGCGCACUUUUCCCAGAAGAAAUCCCAUUCUUUGGAAAACAAAGUGAACAUUUGAUCUUUUUUGUUGUUAUUGUUGUUGUUUUGCUUCUAUUUCUUUUCUUUAUUUGUGAACGGGAUCGUGGGGGGAGGGGGGGGUUGCAAAUUGUUUUUUUUGCGCAGUCAUCGCUUCUCUUCCACAUUCGCUUUCUGUGUCGUCACCUCCAGCUUCCGUCACCCAUCGGCCCCUCGGCUCAUCGUUUGUUCCCAUUGAUUCUUCGUCCCGGGACGAAGGAAGAACUAACAACCGCACCCGCCCAUCCACUCAGUCGGAUGUGAAAUUGUGUCAGUGGGUCAGGCGUGAGGCGCCGUGUCGACAGAAACACGAAUAAGGGCUCUCUUUAAAAAAUACAAACUUACCAGUGGGUUUUAAUGUACAGUAGUGCUGCCAAAAGUUGUGCUUAUGUAGCUGAAGCCACGCCGUGGUCUCCCCUUUGUACAGCACUAGAUGUGUGCAUGCGUGUGUGUGUA